ACGUGGUCCCUCUCAGACUUCUCAGGUGAAAGAUUGGACUGAUUGAGUUUUUGUCGGUGAAACAAUGUCGACAUUAAUAUUAAGAUCUCUUGUGUCAUUAAAUAAGAGUUCCAGUAAUGUUUUAGCGAAGUUUAGGUAUAUAAAUACAUCGAAAGCAUUGUGUGAACAAUCCAUUUUUCCAAAGGAUCCUAAAAAAAUAAAAAAGAAAUCACCAAUUACAUGGAAAAGUUUGGCAAUUUCCAGCAUCAUUGGUGGUGGUCUUUUAUUAUAUAUAAAUUAUUUGAGAAAAGAAAAAGAUAAAAGAAUAGCACGGGAAAGAAGGCAACAGUUGGGCAAAGCUAAAAUUGGUGGUAAAUUUGAGUUAGUAAAUACAGAGGGAAAAACAGUGAAGUCCGAUGAUUUCUUAGGCCAAUGGGUGUUGAUAUAUUUUGGAUUUACACAUUGUCCUGAUGUUUGCCCCGAUGAAAUUGAAAAGAUGACAAAAGUAAUAAAUAGACUUGAAAUAGAACACAAUUUCAAAAUACAACCAAUUUUCAUAUCAGUUGAUCCAGAUAGAGAUACACCCACUGUUGUUGGAAAGUACCUCAAAGAAUUCUCUGAUAAGAUUAUUGGUCUUACUGGCAAUGUUGAACAAAUUGGAAAAGUGUGCAAAGCGUACAGAGUUUAUUAUAGUAACGGCCCUAAAGACCAAGAUAAUGAUUAUAUUGUGGAUCAUACGAUUAUUAUAUAUUUAGUGGAUCCAGAAGGCUUGUUUGUUGAUUAUUAUGGACAAACGCAUGAUGUAGAUAAGAUUAUGACUAGUAUUCUUGUUAACAAAUUAAAGUAUGACCAAUUACAAGAUGAUUCUUCUUCUUGGCUGCCAUCAUUGCCAAUUAAAGGAGUGUUAUAAGUGUUGCAACAUUCCUAUGUAUAGUUUUUAUGUCGAUAUUGCACCACAGAAAACUUGUGCAUAUAUUAAUAUUACAAAUAUAAAUAUGCAUAAAAUAUACGUUCUGUAUAUACAAUAUAAUUUAUAUUUCAAUGUAUUAAAUGAUUACAAGGAAAUGUAAAAAAAA